CUUUUCGACAAGCAAUGAUAUCACUAGCUUUUGUCCCGCUCCUGUGGUCCAUCUGAUCUGUGAUUGAUACGCACACAGACAGUCCGUUACAUUAGGAUUGACAAGCUGUUACCAGGAUGGUAUCGUCGACAGAACAAGAAAGCGGCCACUCGCUACAAGCGCACAUGGAGCUCUUAGAAUGGAUCAUUAGCCAAGGCGGCUCCUUAAACGAGUGUGUACGCGUCGCGCAAGAUGCCUCGCGCGGGGUCCAUAUCCAAGUCAAGGAGGAUUGGCCUCAACCCAUCAGCAAGGAAACCAAAGUGCUCAGCACACCUAUAGGCGCAACAAUGUCGUUCUUCAAUGCCAUUGGAUUCCAAACACCAGAAGCAACUUUCUCCAAACAUGGUGUCGAGCUGCCUCAAGCUUUCAUCGAUGCCGUGGCCGUUGAGGAAACGUGCACUUUCUUCCUGAUGGGCCAAUUCCUGCGUGGUUCUCAGGGCUUCUGGUAUCCGUAUUUGCGGACUUUGCCUCAGCCUGGGGAGUUGAACACGCCGCUUUUCUUCGGGGAGGAGGACGUGGAUUGGAUUCAGGGGACUGGUAUUCCCGAGGCGGCGGUGCAGAGAUAUCAGGUUUGGGAUGAGAGGUAUGAGCAGUGCAUAGCGAAAUUGGAGGAGGUUGGAUUUGAGGGGAUUGAAGAGUAUACUUGGGAUUUGUAUUUGUGGGCUUCGACUAUUAUCUCCUCGAGAGCAUUUUCGCCAAAGGUUCUCUCCAGUGUCGUUGAGGCCUCUAGGCUUGCAGAGGAGAGUGGUGUAUCUGUGCUUCUGCCGCUAAUUGAUCUUCCCAAUCACCGUCCACUGGCCAAGGUCGAAUGGCGGGCAGGAUCUUCCGAUAUUGGGAUGGUCAUUUUGGAGGAGGUUGGCCCGGGCCAUGAAAUUUCAAACAAUUAUGGACCUCGAAACAACGAGCAACUCCUGAUGAAUUACGGCUUCUGUCUCCCGAAUAACCCAACAGACUACCGCAUCAUCAAGCUGGGUGUGAAGCCAGACAGCCAUCUCAGUAAUGCCAAGAACCGCCAAAUUGAGAUGUUCCCCGAGGUAGCCAACAAUACGGAAGAUCAUUACUAUAUUUUCAACGUCUUUUACCCACUUCUCGGGCCUGAUACUGCUAUGGAGCACUCUAUCUUCUCACCUGCCCUCUUCAACUCCUUGACAAUCAUGCAUGCCAACGAGCGCGAGCGCAAACAAAUCGAAAUCAGCGAAUCGGCUAUCUCAGUCCCGACUACUUACGGAAAUAGCCACAGCACACUGGCAGCACUAUCUCAAAUCAGCUUCGAGCUGAUCUCACAUAUCACAAUGCUGGAAGCCACCGGCCAGGACCGUCAGCUACAGCCCACGAAUUUGAAACAGGCAUUUGCCCAGAUCUACCGCAACGGCCUGCUCACACUCGACAAGGCCGCACUGGUCAUUGCUACAUGGACUCUUGCCCGUGCACGGGAGCAUACUCGCGAUGAAAGCUGGGAGGAUAUUAAGACUCUACUGAACGAGCACAUGUCACAGAUCCCAGAAGGCCACUUUUCAGCCGAGACAUUGUCGAGGAUUCGGGUGCGGAUCCUGGAGCGAGAGUCACUACUCAAAAAGAAUGGAGAAUUAUUCCGUUUGGGAGAGUUGUUUGGUCUAUUGCCUGCUGAAAUGCAGGCGGCGAGUCGGGCCUGCUUCAAUCAUGUACUUGCACAAGCUGGCCAGCAGGUCCCUUCGUUGCAGACGGACCCGCAGGCCCUUUUCUCUCUGGUACUUUGCUUGUUUGUAGCGACUGGGCGAUCGUCUCAAGCACGACCACAAUUGUCCUCGCGCCUGACUCGAUGGGUGGAUUUCCUGGUUGAGCAGUAUCCAUUGUCUGCUGUCCCAUCGGUCACUAGUGAGACUAUACAAUUGAUCCGAUUUGUCCAGAGCGAGCAAGCCCAGGCGUGGGCAGCUCAAGAUGGAGUAUACUGGCUGUCUGAUGACUGUGGAUGGCUGGAUUCUAACUGGCUAGCUUGGGCGUUUACUGUGGCAGAGGCGGAGAUGGUGUUGAUUCCUCAUGAGCCGUUGCAGGUGUUGGCGACGGAGAACCCGGGCUUACCAAAGCUGGGAUGCUUAUAUGUGCCGCAAGAGUAGAAGUAGAUUAGCGGAAUUCAAGAGCAGAGAAAGAAUAAAAAGUUUCAAAAGAAAACAAGAAUAUCCAAAC